UCUGGGAAGUGUAGUUGGGGCGGCGCAGCGAUGGCUUCAUGGUGGGAGUUGAGGUUCUGGGAAGCUGCAGAGGCCUGAAAAGAGGUUGCGAGUGAUUUUAAAUGUCUAUAUCUCGGCUCAGCAAACAUCUGAUUAGUGAAUGAUUUACCCAUAUAGGAUCUGGCUAGAUCUUGUGGAUAAUCCUGUGAAUUGACAGGAUUUCUUUGCUGGCCUCCAACGCCUAUGCUCAAGUGACCCCAAGCAGUUGGGACUGUAGUCACAUGCCACUGCCCUCAACUAAUUUCUUUUAGCUAGUGUAUUUCUUUGGAGGUUUUUGGAGCACGAGAUUAAGCCCAUAGCUCCCUGGGUCUGACUCUGCUGCUGAUUUCAAUAUGCUGCGACGAAAACCAACCCGUCUGGAGCUCAAGCUCGAUGACAUUGAAGAGUUUGAGAGCAUUAGGAAGGACCUGGAGACCCGUAAGAAACAGAAGGAAGAUGUAGAAGGUGUAGGAACCAGUGAUGGAGAAGGGGCUGCUGGGCUCAGCAGUGACCCCAAGAGCCGGGAACAAAUGAUAAAUGAUCGAAUCGGUUAUAAACCCCAACCCAAGCCCAACAACCGCACAUCUCAGUUUGGAAACUUUGAGUUUUAGAGAUGGAUUCUCUUGCAUGCCAGACCCCAGGAAUGGAAUAAAAUGAUGGCGGAAAUACAGAACAGAUUUAGAGAAUUAAGUGUGUACAACCAAGCAGAAUGUUUUCUGUCUCCUGCAGGGAGAAAUAAUGUCUGCGUGAAAUUACUGCUGUUCAACUUUCUGAUAAGCUAGGAGCCAAAUGCUGGCUGUUUCUGGAAAAUUGGACUGUGGAAAGCUUACCUGAUUUUUGUUUUUAAAAUUAAAUAUAUUUUUGGAAAAAAUGUGAGACAUCCUUAAAAGUAGUAGCAAUGAAGUCCCCAGCUCUGAGAGGUAAUCGCCAUCAGAGGUGAUGUCCUUGUCUUUACAAAAGGACCCCAAACCUGGACACUUGGAGUUGAUCCCCUGGACUUUCACUUCACUUGUUUAUUCAGUAUUUGGUGCCUGCUGACCAUCCUGCAAGCAAUAGAGAUCCCAGAUGAGUGUGCUCAUGGCUGUAACCCUGCACUUGGAAGGUUGGAGUUGGAGGCUAGUCUGGGCUACAGAAUAAAGUCUUGUCUCAAAAUGUAAAAAACAAAACAAAACAAAAAAACCCUAAAAGCAGACCAAACCAAGGCAAAGACCCCUACCCUCAUGGAGAUUGGAUUCUAAUGAACAAACUGUCCGAGUCAAAUCCACUUACAAAGGCUUUAUACAAUGAGGGAAACACGAGCAUUUCGAACAGGACAAGAGGUACUCUAAUUCUUCUUCCCUUGGGACUUGCCUGAAUUCCUGCAGCAGGAACCCAUGAACGCUGGACACCUUUGCCCCAUGCCCCAUUUUGCCAUACAAUUCAGGGACAGAACCACCAGUUGUGGAAGCCAGAACACCUGGAAUCAAGUUUCAAAGAGACUCCUUAGCUGGGUUUACCCAGGCUUCUGGAUAGUUUGUGAGUGAUGUAUACGCGAAGGUAGAGAUAAAGGGGAAUGUGUAGUUUCCUCUUCUUGC